UAUUGGAACUGAAAUAUGCCCUUUUUCAAUACAAUAGUGGCACUGCAGAUCCGGGUUUGAAACCCAGUGCUGACUUUGUUGAGGAAAAAUUAUAUAUUUAAAAAAUAAAAUAGCUAUCACGUAAACCAAGUUCCUUUUGAAAGCAUUGACGCCGGACUAAAUGUCAAGAUUUCCGCCCAAACUUAUCAUUGUAAACGCGACUUAAGACCCAUAUCAAGGACUCGGAGAGGCGAAAACCAUAUCCAAAGAAAGAAGUCGGUCCCCUUCUUCCCAUUCCAGGCCACAGCUGGCCAACUGAAUCGAACAAAGGAUCCCUAAUUUUGAAUUCAAUCCAUAAUACCCCUUAACUUCAGGCUAGGAUGCCAUUAUUGAAUAGAAUUACGGUGGCGAUACGACCUGUGUGUCUACCUCUUAGGAGUAAAACCGGUAAAAUACGUUUAGCCAAUAAACAUGGAAGUACUAGAAAUUAGGACAGUCAGAAAAUGCAGUCACAAGCCGUCACUAACUGAUGGUUAGUCGUUCAUCAAAUUGGUUGAUCGAACUCAGGCGCUAAUCAAAGGCCGAUUAGCGCUUAUAAUAACCUGGGGUUAAUUUUUUUUAGGUUUUUAUGCUUUUUUUCCUUGUGCUCGAAAGCAUUUUCUCGGAUAAUUUUCUCUUAUUUUUAGAGCUUCCAAUCAUCAACCUGUAGACAAAAAGAAUUAAGACUGAAAUGCUUUUUAAGCUUUCAAAUCUGAAUUCAAAUCUCUCACUAACCCUGGGUUUUCUUAUUCCAGCUUUGAACAACUCGGCCCCGAUUUUUAAAGUACUGCAAGCAUAUUGUUAAUUAACUUACCAGGUGUAACCUAAUGACAUUGUUAAAAAUGUUUGUUUAACAGGCCAGCUAGUUACUAUACCGUGCGUUUGGGUGACCACAACCGUUACCUUUCUGAGGGAACUGAACAAGAUAUACCAGCUAAACAAGUGAUAGUUCAUCCUCAAUAUUCCUCCUUUACAAUAGACAAAGACAUCGCUUUGAUCCAGCUUUCUAAGCCAGCAACUUUAAACGGCCGAGUGAAUACAGUUUGCCUUCCUGCUCAGGAUGAAAUGGUUUCCACCUCAGCUAGGUGCUUUAUAACAGGUAAAACUGGUAAAUCUGUUGAAAAUAGUGUCAAUAGUCUCCUACGCCUGUAAAUUAGUAACUGAAACAAGCAGCCUUCACUUAUAAUAAAUUAUGACCUCUGUGAUUAAUUGCUUUAUCACCAGAUUGCAUUGCAUGAAGACUUAAAUAAUAAAAUGUUUAAAGUUUUUAAAAUUGAGCGCAACGAAGUAAAGUUGUGGUAAAAAUAGAAAAGAUCAAAAAGGAGAAAACUAACCCAUCCAAUAAAAACAAAAUUAAUUCAGAAAAAAUAAAUAAUAAUCAUGAAUAAUCAUUGAUAAAAAAUGAUAACAUUUAUUAAAAUCAAAACGGCAUUAAUGACGUGAUGUCGACUCGGUACUUCAGGCCUCAAAUAUUUUCAUUUUUUUUUCUAGGAUGGGGCAAAAUACAACACCCGGGAUCUUCUCACAAUAUUCUACAACAAGCUGAGAUACCGCCUGUGACAAACAGCGUUUGCCAGAAAAAAUUGGACGCAUCACCAGGUUUGCCUUAAACCAGUGGGGUUGUGAUAAUUUAAUAUUGUACAAUUCACAUUGAUUUAUUUGUUUUUUUUUUCUACGCUGGAGGCGUUUUCACAACCAUAAAAUAUCUAUAUAUAUAUAUAUUAAUCAUACUGAGUCCAAUCCUCUAUAACGAGCUUUAGGGUCUGUUUACGUGGCUUUGGGGACCUCAGAUAGGUGAGGUAACCCGCGGCGGGUUAUCCCACCGAACAUGUAAACGUGAUCAAAUUAAAAUGAAAGAUUCAUUAUAUGGACAGGGGGGUUAACUCACCUACCUGGGGUUCCCCCGGCCUCCAUGGUUCAGGGCGGAAAAACGUUCUGCGCAAGCUUCUGCGCAUCCCUUAUCGCAGGCUCAAGGCGGGCUUUUCUUUGUGUUAACCAGGGGUUAACUGUGUUUGUUUGUUGCUGGAGUUCUGAGUGAAAUGCACGAGGUGUGAACGUUUGCUCCCUGUAAAGCAUUUUUAUUUGAAAAACGGAUCAUUCCGUCAGUCUGAGGUGGAAUAAAGGGUUUUGAACAUUUCUUAAGAGGCGAGUAUUUUUCUGAUUGUGCAUCCGAUUAAUUUAUGAGUCAGAUUUCGCCGGGUUCAAUUCAAACCCGCUUGUAUUCUGUUAUUAGUAGUUAUGGCUACUUUUUUUACAUGCCCAGAUUUAUUACCCUUGCAGAACCAGCUUUAUCUUUGUCUUCAGUCAAAGAACCAUAUUGCUGUCAUAAGGCAUCAGAGUGAACAAACUUGUGCGGUUAUUAAACACUCAAGAUCAUUUUUCUGUUGCUCAAGUAAUAACAGUCAGAGUUUUUUUCAUUUUUCAUUACAUAGUUUUGUUUUCCAGUGCACUGUGAAAGUUUCUGUUCUUUAUAAGAAUAACUUUCUGUACGCAAAUUGUCCUUUUCACUCGCUCUGAAGUAGAGAACGACAACUGCCGGCAGUGACUUCAAAACAAUUGACUCUUUUCCCGUAAACAAUCGCUGCAGCUUGAUUUGCCUGAGGCAAGCAAAACAAACCCUUAUGUGCAAUUUUCUGUAUUUUGUAAUGAUCGGCUGAGUUUAAUUUGCUUAAACGAAGACACUCGCAUGGACCAGUUAAGCUUAUUGAAAAUAGCUAAAUGGUGAAUCAUGACUUGGCUGCCAAGUUGCAACUGAUUUUUUGGUUUUAAGAUCUUUAGGUAGGAUGUUUUCGCACAGAAAAUUCAUUUCUUCAUUGUCAGCAAGAAGUUUUUGAAAUAAUGUAACUUUAACUUUGUUUGAAGGAAAUCCUAUUUACGCGUAGGUUUUUGACAGAUGUUAUGUGUGUUCAACUUGACAACACAAAGCAAAAUUUAUAUAUCUGCGCGAAACGAGGAAGUUUAAAAACUAUAGUUGCUUUGAAACCGAUUUUUGGGAAGAUUUUACGAGAUAAAGAUUGACCUUUUUUCUGCCCACAUAUCAACGCAAUAACUUCUUCAUUGAGGAUUUUGCUCAUAUUUUAGUGAUCUGCGAAACUACGAGUGUCCGAUCGAGCUAGGGUUUUAAAAUAUCAGCUCGAGCACGACAAAGUUCAGUGACUUCAAACACAUUGUGGGCAAGCGUUAAUUUUUUUGGGCAAAUCACUGUCGAAAGAUAUGUUGUUUUUGUGUCCACAGUGGAGCUCCGGACCUUAUAUAUCCAGGAACUUCCUUAUAUGAACACAUUUUGUGAAUGCAUCUUGAAAAAAAUCGGACCUACGCAUGCACAUUUCCAGUACAACGCAAGGAAAUUAACGUCGUUAAAGUCCGUUUUACUAUGAGGUAUUCUUCGAGAAAAUUAAGUAACGACAAGGUUAUAACCACAGCUUGCAACUUUUGAAGAAAAAUUGCCUGUUCUUUCCAGGUUAUGAGGGGAAACAUUUUAUUUUUAGGCACUAAAAUAUUUGAAAUCCCGCCAUUUUUUCAAACCCGGCCAGGGGAUCUGGGCAAAAAAGUUCACGCAUGCUCAUUACGUUUUUCCGCCCUGAACCUCCAUGGCCACCACUGGCCUCCAUGUAAACAGGCCCUUUAAGUCCCCAGUCCCUUUCUCCAGGGGAAAGAACAAAUGGUGCAAUAAAGCGAUAAGAUCACGUUCAGCUCUGUGAUUAUCAGUUUAACCCCCCCAAGAAGAUUAGACAUUCCGGCUUGCGCCAUCUAGGCGCCCGCUAGAGGACAUGCACCUGACCUGUAAAUAGACAGUGGUCUGUGCGUUGAAAUAUAGGCAAAUUCUUUAAAAAAAGAUGAGUAUAGCUCGUAUGACUAUGGCUUUAUUAUUAAAUAUCAUUGUUAUAAGAAUUAAUCUUUUAUUGUAAUCAGCGGGGUACUGGGUCGUAUUGAAGCGUUGAAUUUGGCAUGGGCCAUGCCCAUCGUCCGCAACGGUCGCAAUAUUACAAGAUACAAAUACGCAAUACUGCAAGAUACAAAUAAGAGUGCCACAGUGAGAGGUUUUUUGCAGAUGCUUUUCAUUUAGUCAUUCUUAUUUUGUCUAAAAUCAACCUCCUAGGUGGAUCGUCAUUAAAGAUAACGCCACACAUGCUCUGCGCAGGCAAAAGUGGAACUAUCCUUAGUGGUUGCCAUGGAGACAGCGGUGGUCCUUAUGUUUGUCAAGGAGCCAAUGGAAAUUGGGUUCUACAGGGUGACGUCAGUUGGGGAUCCUCGAGAUGCUCAGCAGCCGAACGAUACACUGUUUUCGGACGGGUUGCUAAGUUCAGGAAUUGGAUCGACCAGACCAUGAAAUCUUGA